AUGACAUCAGCUCAUCUUAAAACGUCGCCGACAGUGACAUCGCCAACAGAUCACCACGUGAACUACAACAAAAUCGGCGAUUCUCUCUCUAUAGAGUGCAAAGCAGAUGGUGUUCCACCGCCUGAGAUCACUUGGACCAAGAAGGAAAAAAUAGUCAGCACAGGACCGGUUUUGAAUAUCACAAAACUAGAGAAACACCAUGAGGGCAGCUACACAUGCCUAGCAGCGAACGUCGAGGGUAAAGCGACAUCCCAAUUUGAGCUAAAAUUUUCAAAAGCGCCGAUAUUCGACUUUGUGCCCACAAACAAAACAGUCAUCGAAGGGUCGAACGUAUUUUGGCGUUGUCACGCAGAUACACAACCAAAUGGCAUACAAUACACGUGGAUAUUUCGUGAUCGUCCAAUCAAAACAACUGAGACUGGAUUGAGAGUCGAAAUCAAGGAGGGCGAUUUGUCGUUACGCGCUGUGCGAAAAUCCGAUCGCGGUUGGUAUGUGUGUAAGGCACACAGUCCAUCCGGAGAACAGUCAAAAGUAUCGGCUUUUCUCGAUGUUCUCUAUGCUCCUGAACCACUACCGUCGCAUCGGCCUGUGCUUACGAUUGGAUACGGUCAGAACGGAACAAUUUCAUGCGCAAUGGAUGGUAAUCCAAAACCGACUCACUAUACAUGGUCCAAGAAUGGCCAUUUUAUCUCUACAACAUCUGAGGAAUCGCUGACCAUCAGAACAGCAAAAGACUCAGACGGGGGAAUAUUUGGAUGUCAAGCCGAAAAUUCCAUCGGAAGAAGUACUGUGCUCGAAACCCACGUCAUCAUAGCAGAGCCUCCAGUGUUUAUAACCCGACCGCCUCCUGAGCUCAGGGUCUUCGAAGGAGCCCCAGCUAAUGUUGUUUGCGAUGGUUUUGGCGAUCCUUUACCGAUAGUAUAUUGGGUUCAUUCCGAGAAAAGGAUAUCAUCGUCUGUGUUAUCAUUUCCUUCGGUUUCACAUAGUGAUCACGGAGUAUAUGAAUGUAUUAUUAGCAACGCUGUUUCAUCCAUAUCCAGUGCGAUGAAUUUAAUUGUCGAUAGAACUCGUCCACAAUCUGCAAUUAUCGACAGCGUUGAAUGCAUAGGCGACGAAGCGAUGAUGGUGAAUUGGACACCAGGAUUCAACGGAUCUUAUCUGCAGUCCUUCGUUGUGCACUAUUCGUCUGAUGAUGAUCCUACCGAGAAGAGUCUUCUCACCACGUCACAUUCGGCUACUAUUGGCGAUCUCAAGGCUUUCUCGAAAUAUCGGAUCCAUGUGGAAAGCCGGAACCAGAAAGGCUCGACCAACUCAAGUGCAGUUGAGAAACACGUCUGCUCGACACUUCCCUCUCCACUGAACAUAAGAUUCAGCGGUGAGUCGGAACUACGGUGGGAUCCUGUGGAAGUCGCGAAGUCUUAUCGAGUCGAGUCACGAAACGACAAGAUGUCUGCUUUUGAGGGAAUUGGCGAAGUAUUCGAUCCGCUAUUUCGAAUGCGUCCACAAUUUCGACAAGGACAAAGUUUUCGAGUUCGAAGCUUGCGAGAUGCAUAUGAACCAAGCCUGCCAAGUAGAACGAUAACGUAUGGAUCAACCGGAUAUGGGCCACCAUCGAUGUGGUGGGCGGUUUUCGGCGGCGUCCUCUUUUUCUUCAUAUUCUUAUUUCUUUACAUGUAUUCAAGGUAUGGCAAAUAUAUAACUCGACAAAGAAAGAAGGACAUGCGAUACAACGACUACGUAUGUCCAUCAUCUUUCCAGCCACAUUCAGAAACAAUGUACGCGGCGUCAAUGAAUCCUACUGAAAGUACAAAAAGUGCUCAUUGGCAUAAUUCCAAAGAUGAAUCGCUGAUAGGAGACAAUUCUCAGGUGAUGCUCGAAUACUGCUAUGUUGAAGAGUCAAACUCGGCUGUAGACGAUAUGCUACGCGAUAAAUACUUGUAUGGAGCUGAAGAUGUUCCCGUACAGUUGAUGAAUGAUCUACGAAUUGAGAAACUUCGUCGUGAAUUCAAACAAUCACAAUUAUGA